AUGGACUGGUCUAAGUGGUAUGUGGAGUCUAUGAGAAAGAUAGUGCAAGGGAAACACAAGCUUCUUUUCAAUAAACGUCAACUCUAUAGAGCUAAAAUAAGUGUUGAUAGUGGAUUUGGGGGUAAUCCUGAACAGUGUGCAUUGUUGUGGCCUCAUGCCAGUGAAAUUAGACCUCGUGUUGAGUCCAUAGGCAGUAAAGCAAAGGAUAAACAUAAGGGUCAUAAUGUUUUCAAUGAGAAUUCAGAAAUUUCAAACUCUAAUUUUGAGUUAGGCAUGUUUUUGACAGACAUGUCUUUGUUUAGGAAAACCGUUAGACAACAUGCUAUUAAGAAUGGGAAGGAUGUGGUUUUUAGCAUUAAUGAGAUAACCAAUAUAAAAAGUAUAGACUGGUCUAAGUGGUAUGUGGAGUCUAUGAGAAAGAUAGUGCAAGGGAAACACAAGCUUCUUUUCAAUAAACGUCAACUCUAUAGAGCUAAAAUAAGUGUUGAUAGUGGAUUUGGGGGUAAUCCCGAAAAGUGUGCAUUGUUGUGGUCUCAUGCCAGUGAAAUUAGUACUACAUAA